AUGUUGAACACUGUGGGAAGUAGGAAUAAUACAAAUGUGUCUGACUUCAUCCUUAUGGGAUUGACAGACUCUGAGGAGAUCCAGUGGGUCCUCUUCUUGUUAUUUCUCCUGAUAUACCUGAUUACCAUGCUGGGGAAUGCAGGGAUGAUACUGAUCAUUCACUUGGAUCUCCAGCUUCAUAUCCCCAUGUAUUUUUUCCUUAGUUACCUGUCAUUCCUUGACAUCAGUUACUCAACAGUCAUCACACCUAAAACUUUGGAUAACUUACUGACUUCCCACAAGUAUAUUUCAUUCAUGUGCUGCUUCACCCAGAUGUCAUUUUUUCUCUUCUUCUGUGGCACUGAAUUUUUCCUUCUCUCUUCCAUGGCCUAUGACCGCUAUGUAGCGAUCUGCAACCCUCUUCAAUACCCUAUUGUUAUGUCCAGGAGACUCUGCUGCACCCUCAUCACUGGGUGCUACCUGAUGGGCUUUACUGAAUCAUUAAUUAUUGUUCUUUACAUGAACAGUUUGCAUUUCUGCAAAUCCAAUGUAAUUUAUCACUUUUUCUGUGAUGUAAUCCCAAUUUUAGCCCUAUCCUGCAUUGACACUCAUGACACUGAAAUCGUCAUAUUCAUUGUUGGUAGUGUAAAUGUAUUGGUGUCUCUUAUCACAAUCUUUGUGUCCUAUGGGUCCAUUGUGUCUACUAUCCUGAAAAUUAAUUCCACUUCAGGAAAGCGCAAAGCCUUCUCUACUUGUGCGUUCCACCUUCUGGGUGUCACUAUCUUUUAUGGCACUACAAUUUUUACUUACUUAAAACCAAAGCAGUCCUACUCCUUGGGAAAGGAUCAAGUGGCUUCUGUGUUUUGUACUAUAGUGAUCCCCAUGCUGAAUCCACUCAUUUGUAGUCUUAGGAACAAAGAAGUGAAAAAUGCUCUCAUUAGAGUCAUGCAGAUGAGAGAGUGCUCCAGGCAAUUGAAAUGA